CGAGUGCGCGCGGUUGUGUGUACAGGCGGAGAGAGUGAGCAGUAGUAGUAUAACAGUGACACACGAGCGACCACCGAUACCGGGACAACUCCCCCAGUCCUCGCGGACACAGCAGCAGCAGCGGCAGCGGCGGCGGCCGGAGCACCGAUGCGUCCCUCGCGCCCACGCCUGCCUCGAGCUGCUGCACGGUGAACCGGAGCGGAAGGAGAUGUGAUGCGUGUAUGGCCUCCUCGUCACUAAUCCAGGAAGUGAAGCAGGCAGCUGAUUGGCUGAGUGGUCUCUGAGGAUGAAGUCAUAGAGGCAUGACCAGCAGUCUGUGAUCUCUCACCAAGAGGAACACUACGCAGAAGCAGUCUCUGAAGGUGUCCAAUUUCUUUCUUCUUCUUCUUUUAUCUCCUCUGUCUCACCCUUCUGCUCCCUGAGGAGAGGAGCCAUGGCAGUGUCUUCCUCUUUCCGCUGUGCUGUCUUCCUCCUCUCCCUCCUCCUCCUCUUCUUCACCCUCCCCCCAUCCUGCACCUCGGAGUCCCAGCGAGAGGAAGAACCCGUGUCUCCCUCCAUGACGCCGGAGCCGUACUACAACACCUCCGUCAUUGACAGCAACUCCACCAAGCGCUGUGGAGAGGCGGUGGAGUGCGCGCCUGGCAUCAUCCUGCCCGUCUGGAAGCCCAACAACCCAAGAAUCGCAGACAAGAUCGCCCGGGCCACCGUCUACUUCGUCUCGCUCAUGUACAUGUUCCUGGGGGUGUCCAUCAUCGCCGAUCGCUUUAUGGCAUCUAUUGAGGUUAUUACAUCACAGGAGAAAGAGGUGACGAUCACUAUGCCGAAUGGAGAGACGUCCGUGGCCACUGUUCGUAUCUGGAACGAGACCGUGUCUAAUCUCACUCUGAUGGCUCUGGGCUCAUCUGCUCCAGAGAUCCUUCUGUCUGUCAUAGAGGUAUGUGGUCACGGCUUUCAUUCAGGAGAGCUGGGUCCUGGCACGAUUGUGGGCAGUGCAGCCUUCAACAUGUUCGUGAUCAUCGGUAUCUGUGUGUGGGUGAUCCCUGACGGGGAGGUGAGGAAGAUUAAACACCUGAGGGUCUUCUUCAUCACCGCCUUCUGGAGCAUCUUCGCUUACAUCUGGCUGUAUCUCAUCCUCUCCAUCAUCUCUCCUGGAGUUGUGGAGGUGUGGGAGGCUCUGGUGACUCUCUGUUAUUUCCCGGUGUGUGUGAUUCUGGCGUGGAUCGCGGACCGGCGGCUGCUGUUCUAUAAGUACAUGUCUAAGCGUUACCGUGCCGAUAAGAGGACGGGGGUGGUGGUGGAGACGGAGGGGGAGAUGACCCCUAAAGGAGGGGAGAUGAUUAUGGACGGGAAGUUUCCCCCGAGGGGUUCGGUUGGAGUCACCGGUGCAGAGCACUGCCAGGACGGGGCCAAUAACAGCGCAGGAGCCAUGGCAACCCUGCUGAACUCCAACAGCGCCACCAUUAACAUGGAGAGUACCAAAGAACUGAACGAGAGCCGCAAAGAGGUGAUCCGUAUCCUGAAGGAUCUGAAACAGAAGUAUCCAGAUAAGGAGCUGGAUCAGCUGAUGGAGCUGGCCAACUACUACGCCCUGCUGCACCAGCAGAAGAGCCGGGCCUUCUACCGGGUCCAGGCCACGCGCAUGAUGAUCGGCGCCGGCAACGUGCUGAAGAAGCACGCGGCGGAUCACGCGAGGAGGGCGGUCACCACCGGCGAGGACGACGUGUCUCAGCAGGAAGACUACGGCGUCUGCAGCCGCAUCAGCUUCGAGACCACGCACAGCCAGUGCAUGGAGAACUGCGGCACGCUGUCCCUGCCCGUGGUGUGCCAGGGCGGCGCCGGGGAGAGCACCUUCUACGUGGACUACCGCACAGAGGACGGCACGGCCAACGCCGGCUCAGAUUACGAGUACUGUGAGGGAACGCUGGUGUUCAAACCGGGAGAGACCAGGAAGGAGAUAAAGGUGGGGAUAAUAGAUGAUGAUAUCUUUGAGGAGGAUGAGCAUUUCUUUGUGCGUCUGCUGAAUCUGCGGGUGGGCGAUGCUGAGGGCAUGUUCGAGAGCGACGAGGCCGGUCAGGCUCCUAAGGGCCGGCUGGUGGAGCCGCUGGUGUCCACGGUGACCAUCCUGGAUGAUGAUCAUGCGGGGAUCUUCACGUUCAGUGAUCGUGUGAUGCGCGUGAGUGAGAGCGUGGGCACCAUGGAGGUGACGGUGGUGAGGAACUCGGGCGCCCGGGGCACCGUCAUCCUGCCCUACCACACAGAGCCAGGAUCUGCCCGGGGAGGAGGCAUCGACUACGAAGAUACCCGAGGAGAGCUGGAGUUCACCAACGACCAGACCACUCAAACCCUCCAGGUUCGAAUCAUUGACGAUGAGGAGUAUGAGAAGCAUGAGAAUUUCUACAUUGUGCUUGAGGAACCGCGCUGGCUGAAGAGAGGAAUCUCCGCUCUGUUACUGAAUCAAGAGGACCCAGAGGGGCAGCUCAGUGCUGAGGAGGAGGAGGCGAGGAGGAUAGCUGAGAUGGGGAAGCCUAUUCUGGGAGAGCACAGCAGGCUGGAGGUGGUCAUCGAGGAGUCCUAUGAGUUUAAGAGCACAGUAGAUAAGCUGAUAAAGAAGACGAACCUGGCGCUGGUGAUCGGGACUCACUCCUGGAGAGAGCAGUUUGUGGAAGCGGUGACGGUCAGUGCAGGUGACGGAGACGAAGACGAGGAGGAGGGACGUGAGGAGCGUCUGCCGUCCUGCUAUGAUUACGUCAUGCACUUCCUGACCGUCUUCUGGAAGGUUCUGUUUGCGUGUGUUCCGCCCACCGAGUACUGGAACGGCUGGGCCUGCUUCAUGGUGUCCAUUUCAGUCAUCGGGAUCCUGACGGCCAUCAUCGGGGACCUGGCCUCUCACUUCGGCUGCACCAUCGGCCUCAAGGACACGGUGACGGCCGUGGUGUUUGUAGCUCUGGGCACGUCCAUACCAGACACAUUUGCCAGUAAAGUAGCAGCCACCCAGGAUCAGUACGCCGACGCAUCCGUCGGAAACGUCACCGGCAGCAAUGCCGUCAACGUGUUCCUGGGCAUCGGGGUGGCGUGGUCGGUGGCAGCCAUCUACUGGGCCGCAAAGGGAGAGCGCUUCCGGGUGGAUCCGGGCUCUCUGGCCUUUUCCGUCACCCUCUUCACCAUCUUUGCCUUCAUCUGCAUGGCAGUGCUGCUGUACCGGAGGAAGCCGUCCAUCGGAGGCGAGCUGGGGGGUCCGCGAAGGUCACGCCUGCUCACCACCUUGCUGUUCCUGGGCCUGUGGCUGCUCUACAUCCUGUUCUCCAGCCUGGAGGCCUACUGCCACAUCAAGGGCUUCUAAAAGCUCCACACGAAGGAAAAAAAUACACGUAUAGAGCAGACCUGGAAACACCAGACAACAGGCUGCAGAUAUUUACCACACACUUUAGAACAGAACAUAAACAUCAGAAACAGCGACAGGAACAUAGAUACUAUCUAUUAUAGGGGUGUUUAGAGAGAAUAUGCUUCAGUGAAGGAAACAAAAAGCUUCAUUCACCUCAGGCUGACUGAAAAAAAUUAACAAUGUUUAACAAAUUUACACAAAUACAUUCAGCGCAAAAAAGAUAAACCUAACACACACUCAAACACAGACACAAACGCACAGACAAGAGCAGACUAACAUUCAUAAAGUAUACACUGUGGAUGUGAAAAAGUAUAGAAAUAAGGGGGAGUUUUAGGUUUAGAUGGAGGUGUUGUGGAAGAAGAGAUACGGGGCAAGUCAGAGAAAGAAGGGAUAAAGAAAAAGAGAGAGAGAAAGAGAGAGAGAGGUUGUAGGGGAUGGAUGAAUAUUAUAAUAAUAGGAGGCUGUAGAAGGAAACAGCAGGUAGGGAAAGGAUGGAAUGUACAGAAGAAACAGUAUAGAGAAGAAAGGAGAGAUUUAUUUAUGUUGCCGGUUUUAUUAGGGAUGUGCUCAUCGGAUACUCAGCAUCUGUAUCGGUUGGAUAAAAUAUCGGUCAAAUAUGAGAAGAAAAAAAGUUUUAACAGCAAAAAUAUGUAUUUUUUGGAUUUAUAAUAGGGAUUUCUGCAACCGUCAGAGGAAAGGAAAGCUGUGGUUGGUCACCAAUCAGAAGAUCAUGGGUUUAAAUUCCAUUAAACUCGAGUCGCAAAUGUGGCCGUGCUGGAAAAAAUGGGGCGAAAAUGGUGCAAAAAAUGCUUGAAAGCACAAGGGAAAUUUUCUAACUGCAUGAUGAUGCAUUCUGCCUCUUUCUACAGUUCAAAUCUGUAUUUGCAAACAGCGCCACCUGGUGGAGUGGAGUACAUCGGCAAGCUUUUAUACUUGCUGUAGGUGAGCAAGGGAGCUAAACGCAUCUUCGCUUCUUAUCAAUAGCUCUAAAACUUGAUGCAGAAAGUAUAUUCCAACCUUCAGUCACAUGAGUAGGAUGAGUAGUGAGUGGCAGCUAACUGGAAAUGGAACUGGAACAAAUGGAAAUAGAGAAAUGAAGACUUUAAAAAAUGACAUUGUCCUCAAGUAAGAACCAACAGUCCAGAUUGCGACAAAAACUCUGAUUCUACGAGAGAAACAAGAAACGAGAAGUCCUCCAGGUCCUGAAGUGAAAGAAUGUAGACGCAUCCAAUCACAAACUGUGUACAAACAUCUGGGAAAGGACCUGAAGAUUUGAUCUGUGAAAAUUUACAAUGUUUGUGUAAAUAGAUUGUUAUGCUUCUAAAGCCCAGAGCACAUCAACCUAUCAUCCUCAAAUGAACGGCCCAGGCAGUGGGAACAUGGCCUAAUGUUGGCUUAAUGUGGAAUACACUAAAUUAGUCUGUAGAAAUAUGGAUUCUGUAGAUGGUCGUUCUGUAGAUAGUCCUGGACUUUCUAUAACGCCAGAUGCCAGAGUUCUGCUGUGUAUAUGUGUUUCACCGCAGGAUGAUGGGUUGUUGUGGACUCUGUUGUUAUUAUUAGUGUUCUGAUUUUCUUGCAUGCAGACCAGAGAAAAGGAUAGAUAGAUAUGGAGCAGAAGCUGAGUAGCGCACAGAGAGGAUGGGAAGGAGGCCUGUGGACUAGUGUGGAAGAAGCUGGGGAAACUUUCAGUAUCUUUGAGUAUUUUCUUUAUUUUUCUUUCUAAACAGAUGCUUUAAGCUCUGUGCAUUCUACUGUAUAUAUUAGUUCCUAAAUUAUGUAAUUAAAUCUACGCAUUUUAUUUAUUGCAAACAGAACCUACAUUCUAUUUUUGAUCCUCCAUAUUGCUUGUUGCUUGUGGGGCGUUCCCUCAAUCACAGCUAUGUCCGUUCCUGUCCUCACUUUCAACUGGGAAGUGCUGGCCAGCUGAGGCUGUAAAUGUGCUUUAGUGGUUUACUGAGUUAAUGUUUCACUGCAUUACACCACUGUUCCUCUAGAGUGCAUUACAAUCACACAAUACAUCACAUCUCCCUCCAGUAGUUACAGAUUACUCAUGUAAUGGCAUUGAGGUAUAUGCCAUUCUUUUUCACACAGCUUUAUUUGCAGCAGAAAAUAUAUAUAUAUAUUUUUUUUCUAAUCAGACUUACAGUGAAGGGGGUUGCCAUUCCCAGUGUAACUGAGCUAUAAAUACAGAAAAAAAAACAAUUAAAUUAAACGUAACAGUAAUUGAAAAAAGUGAAAAUCAGCUUAAUUUAGAGUUAUUGGAAAUAAUAAAAAAUAGAAUAGAAUAGAAUAAUCAAUAAUCAGAACAAAACAAUAUUCAUAAAUGCUAAUGCUUAAUAAUACAGCCUGCAAUUUAGAGUAAACAUUUUCUUCACUUACAGUGUAACUUCUCUGUAUGGACCAGUAUUCACAAAAUUCUUACCAGUUCUUAUUGAUACUUAAACAUAGGUACAGCAUCAAAAAAAAAAAAAGAAAAGGAAA